GUUCAUUCAACAUGCUACGCUUCCUGUCCGCCCCUGCGAUUCGCGCCGCACAGAAGUCGACGCUGCAGCAGCGCUCACGUGCUGUGCAGGUGGUGGCUCGCCGUCCGGCGGCCUCCACGCGCAGCUUUACGUCUACGCGAUCUCGUCUGAACGCUGACAAGGCGACGCCUGAAGGACAGAAGGCUCCGGACGCACUAGUACUUACGCCCUACGAGAAGGUGACGGCCACAGCCACUGGUGGCUUCUGGCUCGGCCUUAUUGGUCUGGGUGCUGUUGGCGUCUACUUCGUCGCUCGUGAGCUGCUGCCCAACCGCAUGAGCCCCAACGGCCUUUUCAGCGAGUCGCUGGACUUCCUCUCGGAGAACACCGACGUGACGUCGCGUCUGGGGCUGCCAAUCCAUGGCUAUGGCUACGACCACGGUGGCCACCGUGAAGGUCGUCGCAACCGCAUUGAGCAUGUAAACCUUCAGGCCAAGGACGGUACCCCGCGUCUUCGUAUCAAGUACAACAUCAAGGGCCCCUCGGGUCACGCUUACGUGUUCGCUGAGGUUAACAAGGGCAUGAAGAAGAACGAGUACGUGUACCUCAUCGUGCAAGUAACCAAGACCGGCGAGCUACUCAAGAUCAUUGACAACCGACAGAUCCUCUCAGCCGAGACGAAGGAAGAACAGGACGCUUUACGUCAGCUGCUCGGCAAGUAGGCAACCCACUCACGUACCGGUAUAUAGAGUGGACUUCAGACUCGGAUCCUCAGCUAAGAACAAAGGAAACCUUUGGGUCUGUAGCCUACAUGUGAUCCCUGUCUAGGAAUAUCAUUUUUUCUGAAGUACUACAUGUAAUAGUACUUUAAGUACUUGAAAUAGUACUUUUAAACGUAGUACAACUUUAAUAGUUGAAGGCGGCAUCAGAAGUUGCUACUCGUCAU